CCAAGAAAGAGCGUGACAAGUAUAUUGGGAUCAAUGAUGUGAUGUAUAAUAUACUAGAACAGAAGCAGCUUGCGUAUAAAGCAUCGGUAAAUGCAUUAUACGGAGGCCUAGGUUCACCGUAUCUCAGUAUUGCUGUACCAGUGAUAUCACAGGAAUAUAGAGAUGACCAGAACGUGAUCUGUGACGAGACCAGUGAGGUAAUCUAUGGAGACACAGAUUCUUGCCUAGCACGAUUACCAAAGCGUAUCUUACGUUGUAUACUUGAAAAAUACUACGGCCAUUUGAAAUAUAUCGAGUUAAAUAAUGGUUUGGUAAAGGAAUAUGAAAAACUUAUAUUCGAGAUGUACGAUAAGCUUACUAAAGAGGGAAAUAUAUUUGGUAAAAAAGUAUGUGAUGCAUUCAACGUGUUUAACCGUGAUCAUGGAAUUAAAAUAGUUACAUUGGAAUAUAAAAAACUUUUAUUUGAUUUGACGCUAAAUAACAAGAAACGCUAUACGGGUUAUAAAUUUGAAUUGCAAAGCAAUGGAGACCCUCCAGAUUACUUUUUUUCAGAAAUAUUUUCUG